AUGGCCGAAGAAGAGAGCUAUCUCACGCAAAAGGAAAUCGACGAGUUUGUUUCAGUAUUGGACAAGGAUAAAGACGGGAAUGUCUCGUAUCAAGAACUCGAACACCAAUUAGACGCUGUCUACAAGGAAUUCCAGCCCAACGCCAAACAUUACAACUUGCACCACGAGUCAAGAGAACAUGCCCGACACGAAUUUCUGCGCUCCCUAAUGGGCACCGAGAAAGAUUCAAUCCCAGUGGAUGAUUUCAAAAAGUUGGUUGCGACUUGGAACAUUCCUUCUCUUGAGGAAGACAAGAAAGCCGCCAUAGAAGAAGAUGACUACAUGAAGCAUAUCUCGUGGGGACGCCGAUUGCGGGCAAUCUGGGAAGUCCAUGGUCCUGAGUACUUGUUCCUGGCCUUUGUCAUUGCUUCUCAGAUUGCUCUCGGCGUCUGGCAGUGUGUCAAGUAUGCCACUGGACCGCAAUAUCAAGCGGCUUUCGGAUGGGGUGUUGGCCUUGCAAAAGCAUGCGCAGGCGCGCUCUACCCCACCCUGUUCUUCAUGCUGCUCAGCAUGUCUCGCUGGUUUUCCACCAUUAUGCGAAAGUUCUACUACAUCUCUCGCAUCAUCAACUGGGAUCUGAGUCAGUCCUUCCAUGUCAAGAUUUCCUGUGUUGCCAUCGCCCUUGCAUCUCUACAUGCAAUCGGCCAUCUCACAGGUUCCUUUGUCUUCGGGAGUCGCCCGAAUCGUGAAGAAGCUGUUGCAGCCGCUUUGGGUCCAGACGCUGUCCCACGACCAUAUGUUGCUUAUGUUCGUUCCGUUCCUGGAUGGACGGGUCUGACUGCCUUGGGGCUUUUCUACGUCAUUGCUCUUACGAGCAUGCCAUAUGCUCGACAAUAUUCAUAUGAACUCUUCCAGAUUGGUCAUCUCCUCAUGUUCCCAGUCAUUGGCUUGCUCAUGGCACAUGGCACGGAUGCCUUGCUCCAGUUCCCAGUGCUUGGAGCGGUCAUUGCUUUCCCGACCGCCUGGGUUUUUGUUGAGCGGCUGCUGCGUAUUCUCAAGGGAUUUCACAAACUACCGGCAACUAUGGAAGUCUUAGAUGAGGACACUGUGCGCAUUGAUGUGACCAUCCCCAAACAUCGCCUCUGGCGUUACAAGGCUGGUCAGUAUGUCUUUCUUCAGGUACCUCAGCUUUCCUAUUUCGAAUGGCACCCAUUCACCAUUUCGACAUGUAUUGGGCGGGAUAUGUCACUCCACAUUAAGACGGAUGGCGAUUGGACUGGCCAACUGCGGGAGCUAAAAGACUUGAAAUACGUUGGCAUCGAUGGCCCUUUUGGUGCACCGGCUCAGCGAUUCUACGAUUUCGACCAGACCAUUAUUGUUGGCGCCGGUAUUGGAGUCACACCAUUUUCUGGUAUUCUCAACGACCUCCAAACACGAGAAGACAACCACUGGAAUCGACGCAGAUAUUCUACCUCCACUCGCAAGUCGAAUAAGCCCGCACCCGAGCCAGAGCCCAAAACCGAGCCAGAGCCCAAACCCGAGCCCGAAGCCACUAACGCGGCGGAGCGAUCGAGUCCAGAUGACAGUGGCAUCACCCAAAUCGGCGACAGGUCUUUUGACAUGGAGAAGUACCGCCGGGUGGAUUUCCACUGGAUUGUCCGCGACAAAAAUUACCUGCUCUGGUUUUCUAAUCUUCUCAACAAAAUCUCCUCGGACGCCAUUCCACACAACCCCAACCUGGACAUCCGAAUCCACAAUUAUCUUACCAAGAAGCGCAAGGACAUUGCGCCACAUGUGUAUCGAUGGUUGCUCGAGAAACAUCGCACAGAGGCCCAGCCCAUGUCUCCAGUCACAGGACUAAUUGCACCGACGCACUUUGGCAGACCGGAUUUCACCAAGAUCCUGAACACUCAUUACGAUGAAAUGGUCGAAUUGUUUGCAAAGGACAAGACAAGGAAGCGAAAGGUCGGCGUGUUCUUCUGUGGUGCUCCUAUCAUUGGACAUACCUUGGCCGAUUUGUGUCACCAGAUGACAUUGAGAGGACGGGAGGACAAGACAGAGGUCGAGUAUCACUUUAUGAUUGAAGUAUUUGGAUAG